AUGCGCAACGACGUCUUCGUGGGCAACAUCGCCUUCGGGACGACGGACGAGGACAUCCGGCGCAUCUUCAGCGAGGUGGGCCGCGUGCUCGGCGUGCGCAUGGCCGUCAACGCCGAGACGGGCAAGCCGCGGGGCUACUGCUUCGUCGAGUACGACGACGCGGCGACCGCGCUCUCCGCGAUCCGGAACCUCAACAACCGCGACGUCGGCGGCCGGCAGCUGCGCGUCAACUUCUCGAACAAC